GGGGAGGAGCUGGGCUAGGGGGAGCUGCUGGAGUCGCUGUCGCUGCGAGUGUUUGCGGGUCGUAGGGAGCCGGACCUGGCGGGUGGGGUGUGUCGCGAUGCCGGAGCUGGCGGUGCAGAAGGUGGUGGUGCACCCGUUGGUGCUGCUCAGUGUGGUGGAUCAUUUCAACCGAAUCGGCAAAGUCGGAAACCAGAAGCGCGUUGUUGGUGUGCUUUUGGGGUCAUGGCAAAAGAAAGUCCUUGAUGUAUCCAACAGUUUUGCAGUCCCUUUUGAUGAAGACGAUAAGGAUGAGUCUGUCUGGUUUUUAGACCAUGACUAUUUGGAAAACAUGUACGGGAUGUUCAAGAAGGUCAACGCCAGAGAAAGAAUAGUUGGGUGGUACCACACAGGCCCUAAACUACACAAGAAUGACAUUGCCAUCAAUGAACUCAUGAAAAGAUACUGCCCUAACUCAGUAUUGGUCAUUAUUGAUGUGAAGCCAAAGGACCUGGGACUGCCCACAGAGGCAUAUAUUUCCGUGGAAGAAGUUCAUGAUGAUGGAACUCCAACCUCAAAAACAUUUGAGCAUGUGACCAGUGAAAUUGGAGCAGAGGAAGCUGAGGAAGUUGGAGUCGAACACUUGUUACGAGACAUCAAAGACACUACCGUGGGCACUCUUUCCCAGAGGAUCACAAACCAAGUCCAUGGUUUGAAGGGACUGAACUCCAAGCUUCUGGAUAUCAGGAGCUACUUGGAAAAAGUGGCCACAGGCAAGCUGCCCAUAAAUCACCAGAUCAUCUACCAGCUGCAGGACGUCUUCAACCUGCUGCCAGACGUCAGCCUGCAGGAGUUUGUCAAGGCCUUUUACCUGAAGACCAAUGACCAGAUGGUGGUGGUGUACUUGGCCUCAUUGAUCCGUUCCGUGGUCGCCCUACAUAACCUCAUUAACAACAAGAUUGCCAACCGAGAUGCAGAGAAGAAAGAAGGGCAGGAAAAAGAAGAGAGCAAAAAGGAUAGGAAGGACGACAAAGAGAAAGAUAAAGAUAAAGAAAAGAGUGAUGUAAAGAAAGAAGAAAAAAAAGAGAAAAAGUGAAACAUGUAGCUUUUUUAAUUUGUAAAUUAAAAUAUUAUAAACUAAAUCAGUGUGCCGCUGGAGGGUUCUUUUUCACUGUAAGUGCUUGUUAAAAAGCUGUCGUGCUGAGAGCUCUGCCUCCGGUCAGUCUUGCUGUGGCGUUACAUGGAAGUGAGUGGAUAGAGGGACUGGUCUCGAACCUACACUGCAGCGCGAGCUGCUCUGAGUUGGGAGUAUGAUAGUCAGCUCAGGCCUCAGAUGGUGUGAGAAAAGUGAAGAGAAGUCAACAUUUUUGGUACCCUUCAUUCUUUUGUCUAUUAAACCAGGAGUUGAAUUUCCCCAUCUUGAAAGACUCUUGGGGUCUGUUUCUGGUAAUUUACAAAAUUGCAAAAUGGAAUGCAUGAAUUCCAUAUGUUCUCUGCCUCAUAACACCUUGAGUUCUGACCCUUCUGAACUCUGCUGAGAAUACCACACAAGGUUUUGGACCCGAAGCUCUGGCAUUCUCAGGGCGUGGGAUCCAGCUCCAUAUAUUGUUUACCUUCAAAGACACGAUUAAAUGGCUUGGUUUUUAA